CCCACAACAUGCCAUAAUAUGGUAUAUAUGAUUGAAGAUCCCGGCUAAGGGCUUCCAAAAUGUAGUUCACUUCAGCAUCAGGGUGCCAUCCACUCUCUCGUUCCGAUUUAGCCAGCUUUCAUUUUAGGCCAGAUAUCCAAAGCGUAGUCUAACCCGAGGGCGGCGUCGAUGAGAUUGUCAAUAGCUGUCAGAGCGAAAAAUCGCCUUUGCUCCCUGGGAAACCCAAUCCACUUCAGUUCCUUUUCCACUUCGGCACCAAACACUCGAUUUUGUGUCUGCUCCAGGGCCAAUAACUAUACACCCCACCCAAAAAAAAAAAAAACAAUAGUAAAAAGAGCACACGUUUCGGAAAACCUAAACCAAGUCAAGAUGUGUGGUGGCUGGGCCUGUGCCUCCUACAAUAUCGCCUGCUGCAAUCCCCGCCUGUCGACACUGCGAUUCUCUGGCCGCUGUUUCGCACCCACGCCCUGCGGUCCAUGUGAUGACUGUUCCAUUUACGGCGGUUGCUGCGGUGGCUGCUGCGGGUGCUAGGUGAUCUCUGACCUGGAGUAGCCACAGAGUUGGGUGGAGAGUCCGGAAUUCAACUAUCUUGAAGUAGGCCUUGGGAACUGUUGGCUGUCAGCCAUGAAACAAAUAUCAUUCAGUCCCAGUCCAGUCCUUGUCGGAACAACAACCUUAAACGUUCACCGGGUUCCCACAUCCGUUUCCUAACCAUGUGUGGUGGCUGGGCUUGUGCCUCCUUUGACCUGGCCUGCAAUAAUCCUCCCUUGUCAACACUGCGUUUCACCGGUCGGGACUUUAUACCCACGCCCUGCGGUCCUUGCGAUAAGUGUUAUGUUCUAGAUACUAGCCGCAAGAAGAACACCAACAACUGCUAUGUUCCGCACAUCCUGUCUCCACUGGAUGCGCAGCUCUGCACACUGGCGAGUACUCAGAAAAAAAAGGAAGACGAAUAAACGCCAGGAGGAAAUGCGGUCUUAUACUACUAAAAUUAUCAGUGUAGAUCUUCUUGUACCAGCCAUUUCCAUGGGAAACCAAUAAAAAUUUGAGGGACUAAUACUGACU